AUUUUUUAAUAAUAAACUCUCUUCACUCUUCUUUUAUACUCUAGCCAACAGCAUUUUUAUCCCUUCUAAAACCCUAACUUCCUUACCUAUGGCAACUGCCCUCAUCUCUUGUCUCGCGGAAGAGCUAGGUGACAUUGCUCUUGUGGAGAUUAGAGAAAUGAUUGAAGUCAUUGUAACCUUUAGGGAGGAGGGAUCAAGUAUGAAAGACUUGAUAAGCAAAUUGCUAUGUGAAACAGAGUGUGUUGAAUUCAAGGAGGUCAUCUCUGGUUUUGACAUGGGUGGGCGGGGUUGGAAAAACAGCUCUUGCCCAACUCAUAAGAAGUUAUUUCUACAUCUUCAUCCAAGUCUUUCAAGAGAUGAUCUCCACUCUAUACGUUAUCUAGCUCCUUUGUUCGAAUCUCUUGAGGAGAAGAAGAUUUUUCUUGUAUUGGAUGAUGUUUGGAAAUGUAGGUGUGAUGAUAGGAAUUUUCUCAGACGUGCAGCAGUUGGAAGUAGGAUUUUAGUGACCACUCGUGACUAUGGAGUUGCAGCAGGGAUGAUGAAGUCUUCUUCUACAUUCUAUCUGAAACAAUUGACUCAAGAAGUUUCUUGGUUGAUACUCAGUCAAGAAGCAUUUAUCGGAUGGGGUGAGGAAGAAUGUGGAAGCUUAAAGGAUAUUGGCUGGAAAACUGCAGAGAAAAGCAAAGGAUUGCCACUUGCUGCUAAGACUUUAAGGUGCCUCUUGAGAUUCAAGAGAACGAGGGAAGAGUGGGAAAACAUCCUGUACAGUGACAUGGGAACUGGAUUUGGUACAGGCAACAUACUUCUUCUUAUUGGGAAAUAGCUUCGCAUCUUGAACCUCCGCCAAAAACUGGCUAGUUCCAUGCUUUCGUAAUGUGAGAGAGUUGCUGUUGUUGGUUUUAUGUUUUUUACAUUGAGAGACCUACUUCUACCAUUGGUUGUGUUUUGUUUUUUACAUUAAACAAGCCAUGCAUUUGUAGGUAUUUUUAUGUAGCUCUCUUUAUGUUGGUUCAUUCUAUUAGAUUGCUAAAUGCAAAAAUUAUCAAUUCUGAUGUCACUGGUGAUUUUUUCUUUUUCUUUUUAUAUUAUAGACAAAGGAAAUAAGUGUGAACACUUGUG